AUGCGUCCUUUGCGGCACUACAACGCCGACGCCGACGAGGCGCUUCGUUUGGCUGCCAGCCAAGAUGGUUAUCCGCUUCGUCAGAAUCAGCGACUUGUCGUGAGUACUAGUCGCGAGACUGCAAACAUACCAAGCACCCAUCCACAGAUUGGAUCCAAUAACUCCUCGAUGGGUCCCUCCGACGUGAGUCUUAACCCACCUCAAGGCCCCGCUCACGAGGGCCUCAUCAUGCCUCGCGACUUUGCCAACGCUCAGGGAUCGUUUGUGGCCUCUGGACGCGGACACGGACACGCCGACGCGGCUCAACCGCAGCCAGGCUUUCAAGCCUCGUCCAAUCCUAUUGCCAAUGAGCUGCCUGUACCCCAACAGGCGAAUGCCCAAGACCAGAACGCCGCAGAGGCCUCGAACGGAUCUUCGAAGGAAGACCGAGUCGCACCCCGCAAAGCGGAAAUGAGGGUCCUUCUCAAUCAGAGGGGAAGUCAAUACAGUGGAAAGAUCCGAAGCCUGGAGGACCUCAAGGAUUUCGAGGAGGUGCAGAAACUGGUUCAUUUGACGCGAGUCCGUGAUCUGUCUGCUGGUUUCCCUUUGACCGAGGCCGAAUACAUGAAACAUUCUCGCGAACUCUUCGACGCAAUGAAGGACCUAGUCGACAUCCACGAUAAAGUGGGUAAUACGGCGGCGACGGUAGAGUCCGAUGGAGAUAGCUUGGCUGUCAAAUUCGUCAAGUCCAAGUCACCUAUCGAAGUUGAGAUCAUGGCGGGGAAGAUGAUGAGAGCGAUGCUGAAGGCGCAGCGUGGCCAACUCCAUCUUCCCAGGUUCAAAUUCCAGUAUUACAGCAACUUCACACUACGAUUCAGGGCUGUUGUAGCCGCAGUACAGUUCUGCAAGCUUCUAGUACGGAGUGCCUUUGACUCCGACGAAUGGGUCGAACGCAUCGUCGCGAAUCCAAAGGUUGAAAUGGACCAGAAGAUCAAGAACAAGUACAUCAACGAUGGAAGAAGCUUGAGAACGAGGACUACCCUCGCUGCCCUUUCAGCUGGUACUGGCCAGGGACAGCCCAGUCAGGGUCCUGCCGCUCCACCUGCUCAGAAUCAGGCGGCCCCAGGCGCAGCACCGGCUGAGCGUCCCUCCGAGCGCCCUUCCAAGCGCGCCAAACCAUCUCAGGAGCAGCCUGCGCAGCCUGAGGUGGCGUUGCCUUCGUCGGCUGAGGAGAUCAAUACACCCCAGGACCAGCAGCCAAUGGAUCGAGUACUCCCAGCAGUGAGCAGUGAGAAUUUCCAGCAGUUGAUGGAUGAGUGUACCAGCCUUGACGAGCUGAGCAUGUUCCCUUCCGUCAUGUCUCCUUACGCUUUCCCAGGUGGAGGCGAUGGCACCUAUGGAUUCGAUGGAAACAUGUACGCCGCUUCGGCGCAAAUGUUGCCUCCUUACACGAGCCAGCCCCAGGUCCCUGAGCCGAUUGAGUGGUAUGGCUUUGAAACGUACGUUCAGCCAACUGGUGGCGCGGCUGGAAUGGAAGCCACCGAACUGAACCAAGACAAACCUCAAGACGAGGAUCAGGAGGAGAAGGAGCACGACGACCCGACUCAUCACAACGCUUGA